CUGCCUUUAGCUCUUCAAGUUUUGGGCUCUUCUCUAUACGACAGAAAUAUAGAUGUGUGGGAAAGUGCAUUAAAGAAAUUGGAAGCAAUUCCUGAUAGCCAAAUCCUUAAAAAACUUAAAAUAAGUUAUGACUCUUUAGAUGACCAUGACAGAAAUCUAUUCCUAGAUGUUGCUUGUUUCUUUGUUAGAAAAGACAGAGACUUCAUUAUUUCAAUACUAGAUGGAUGUGAUUUCCACACAAGAGUAGGGAUUGACAAUCUCAUUGAUAGAUGCCUCUUAACAAUUGAUGAAAAUAACAAGCUAAUGACGCAUCAGUUGCUUCAAGCCAUGGCACGAGAAGUAAUACGACAAGAGUCACCUGAGGAACCUGACAAAAGAAGCAGACUGUGGCAUCAUAAGGAUUCUUUCAAUGUAUUAAUUGAGAAAAGUGGGACCGAAACAAUUGAAGGUCUCAUCCUUAACAUUCAUGCAUCAAACCAAGAUAACUUAUCCUGGGGGGUAAAUAAUUUUAAAAGACACCAUUCUGGUGACUUUCUUGAUGUGUCAACAAUGCUCUAUGAAGGUCAUCCAUCAAAGCGACGUCGUCUAAGCUUCUUGUCUCUCCUCCCCAUAUAUUCUACCUUCAUAGAUUCAUUUGUCACAUCAAAAGACGUAAACAUACAAACUGAUGCGUUUUCAAGAAUGUGCAAACACUGCUGGGAAAAUGGCUUUUAG